CCCGUAUGUUCAACGUCGGGCUGCUCUUCAAGUUGUGUGCGUUCCUCGAGGAAGCACUCAGCGCGCUCAUCAGUUCUACGUUCGUUCUUGUCGCCGAGGACGAGAUCUAGAGAAGCUCCCGACGUCAGUGGUAAGCAGCGAAAGAUAGUUGCAAGCACUUAACUCGAUGAACUCCAGCAGGACACGUCCCUCGAUGGAGCAGCGAGGAGUUCCAAAGUUCCAACUCUUCCUGGCCUUUGUUCUUUCCAAUGCCGCCUGCCUUCUCCACGCUGCCAAUGUCCCAGCUCUGUUCAUCUUCGGGGACUCGCUCAUCGACGUUGGCAAUAACAACUACAUCAACUCACUCGCCAAAGCCGACGUCCGCUACAAUGGUAUCGACUACAACCACGGCGUUCCCACCGGGAGGUUCUGCAAUGGUCGCACCAUUCCUGAUUUCCUCGGCGAGUACCUCGAAGUCCCCCCACCUCCAGCGUACCUGACCCCCAACUUGACGAUCAAAGACAUUUCUCGCGGACUAAACUACGCUUCCGGAGCUGGGGGCGUUCUGGAUGCCACUGGAGCAAACUACGUAAGUUCCCACCCCUGUCAAGUACUUCUUCCUCAUUGCUGCCUUGUCUUCCAGAUUGCCAGGCUCUCGUUCAACCAGCAGCUCGUCUACUUCGCCGGCACGAAGCAGCGCUACGUCACGGAGCUGGGAAUGGACGCGGCCAACAAGUUCCUGGCGGACUCGAUCUAUAUGGUGGCCUUCGGAGCAAACGACUAUAUCAACAACUAUCUCGUCACCUUCUCCCCGACCCCGUCGCUGUAUAACACAUCUCAGUUCCAGGACAUGCUGAUCUCGACGUACUCGCAGCAGAUAUCCCGUCUGUACGACCUCGGAGCCAGGAAAAUGGUUGUCUUUGGAGUCGGCCCACUCGGUUGCAUUCCCAACCAGCUGAUGAGAACCACUGACCAGAAAUGCAAUCCUCAAGUAAACAGCUAUGUCCAAGGCUUCAACGCGGCACUCCAGAGGCAGCUCAGUGGAAUUUUGCUCAAGCAGCUUCCCAAAGUCCGGUUCGCGUACGCACAUGGCUACGACAGGUUCAUCGACAUGGUCAAGUCGCCUGCAUCAUAUGGUUUUAAGGUGACGGACGAAGGUUGCUGCGGGCUUGGAAGACUCAAUGGCCUCCUCGCUUGCAUGCCAAUAUCAAACCUGUGCAGUAAUAGGAAAGAGUACCUGUUCUGGGAUCCUUUCCAUCCCACGGAAGCGGCCAACAUGGUUAUUGCCACCGACUUUUACAACGGGACCACAGCCUAUGCGUCGCCAAUCAAUGUCGAAGAGCUUGCAUCUGUGUCGGCCGUGGUUUAAUAGCUCGUUUCAAAGCGAACCCACGCUGUUUUGAUCUGAAGAGAGCAAUACUUAAAAUGGCUUGAACGAAACUUCUCCAACAGGA